CAACAUGGUCGCUCGUCCCUCCUACACCAAAGGCCCCGGCGCCUCUGUUAAGCUCACCAUUCCACCCGAGUGGUUCAUCAGCGUCUCUGCUAUCUCUCGAAAGCAGUACCACCAAGCCAUCUACCUUCAAACGAACAUCCGUAACAAUUCUGGCACUUUCAAGAGUGACUCUGGCACCAGUGGGCCCAUGCCCAAUGCUGUCAGUGGUGCUACCACCUUCCCGGUCGCUCCCCGUGAUUCGGUGGUAGAGCUCACCAUCUCGGCCUUCUUCGCCACUGUCGAUGGCAAGCUGGGCGCGAAAGACAUCAGAGACCCCAAGUACGCCUCGAGCAAGGUGGAUGUCCACGAGUCCAGGAAACCAGAAGGCGCCUCCGAGGACAUUCCCGACUAUGUUACUUACUUCAUCUUUGUCGAAGAUACCUCCGAUGCCGACCAAGUCGCUGGCAGUGGCCAGUUUGACGACUCCGUCGUUACAGUACACUUGGUGAAGACUAACACCAACCCUAUCCCACCACCUCCCCCUCCGGACGUCGUCAAGCCCUACAACCCAGUCUUGGACCGACCUCGUCCAUCCAAGCUCCCCAACUACCUCAAGGAAUACGACGUCAUCUUCCUCAUCGACGACUCUGGUUCUAUGAAAGGGGACCGCUGGCGCGAGGCUACCCAAGCACUCAACAACCUCUCCAACUACAUAAUCGAGAACGGUUGGGACUCGGACGGUAUCGACCUCCGCUUCCUCAAUUCCAACACCAUCUUCAAGUUCAGAGAUGAACUCGUCAAUGGUGUUGAAGACAAGGACAAGGUUGCUCAAGCCAUCGGCAAAGUCCAACCUGAUGGUGGUACCCCCACUGGCCGAAGGGUCAGGGAACUUCUCGACAUCCACGUCGGCAAACUCGAGCAGGCCAAAGGAACCGAGGCGUAUAGCCAAAUCAAGCCUCUCGACUUGAUCUGCAUUACUGAUGGAGAACCCACCGACGACGCCGCCCACGAAGUCGGCAAGAUGCUCGUUGAAGUCGCGAACAAACUUCGAACCAAGCCACCCCACCACCCCAACUCUCUGGGUAUCCAAUUCGUCCAAAUCGGCGGUGACGAGAAGGCCAAGGAGGCGUUGACCAAGUUGACUCAACUCGAUACGGGGAACAUCGUCGACACCGUCCCAUACAAUGGGCCUGGCUCGAUCACCGCUGAGAGGCUUGAGCGUAUCUUACUUGGUGCUUUGCACCCCAACAUUCGCGCCAUGCGAGCUCCUUGAAGUUCUAGGAAUACCGCCGUCACACUGCAUUAAUAAGAAGUUUGGCCUGACAUUCGAAGCCCUCAUGUAUGUAAAGUAGCGUUGGAAAUCAGAUUGUACUCAUCUGUCGUCGAUGUGUAACCUUUUCCU